AUGCUCUUCAACAACGUCACUACUGAACAGCUUCUUAACAAUUCUCUGCUCCAUUACUUUAAGCAUAUUAUUUGUUCUCUUGACAGUGUGCUUGAAUACUGAUGAAUCUGAAGAGACAAGCUCUCGACCAAGUCCACCAAGAUCAGAUGUUGCAACAAAGGACUAUGAGAGUUUUCUUUCGAAGAAUCACAAGGUAUCUACAUCAUUCCAGAGAUCAAGAAUGAUUUGGCCACAUUCUCUUUGGAUUUGUCCAUAUUUUCUGAAUGAUUAAUGUCAAACAAAGCAAACCAAUGAUUAAAACCCUUCCCUUCGUACUUUUUAAAAGCCAUAAAUUACAAAGUAAAAGAGGAUACCUUUACAACAUUUGAAAAGAAAGAGAUUGAAGAUAUAAAGGAAAACAACAAAGAUCUUAACCGGAUGAGAAGCUUCUUCAAAAUGCUUCCCGCUCCGGAUAAGCUUAUCAAAGAUAGGCAUAAUGACUCAGAUUUGGUAGAAUUAUUCAGUAAGCUUCCAAAGGUAGGCCAUGAAAGCCUGGCUAUCUACAAGCUUUUGCAAUACCUGGUAUGCACGAACAGAGUGAGCUUUAAGCAGCUCUCAGAUGAUGACAAACUUUCUGGAGUUGAUGAUUUUGAUGAAUACAUUAUUUACAAUAAUGAAUCUAAUGAGGAAGAAGCCUUCCAAGAAAUGAAGCGGAAGAAAGAUUCUGUAUGGACUUUCCAUGGAAGUAGCAUGGAAAAUUGGUAUAGCAUUCUCAGGAAUGGUCCAAGGAACUUGUUUCAUACGGAGAUGAUGGCGGAUGAAGUUGACAGCGAAGAUAUUGUUUACUCAUCAAGUGAUUUUGCAACUGCAUCCGGAUAUACCAGACCAAGGAAUAAUGAGUUUAGAUUAGAUGGUACUAUCCCUAGUUGGGAACACUCCAAGGUAAAAUCAAAGCGAAUCGUUGGAGUACUUGAAAUUAUUAAGAACCCAUCUUAUGGAGGGAAUAGAAACAACAAUUCUUUACUAGCUGAUUACAGUACUUUUGCUUGUCCUGAUGACCACUGAAUCAUGCUGAGAUACAUCUGGGUAUUCUCUCAGAACGAUAUGUAUAAAGGAAGAGCUGCUAGGAACAACCUUACAACAAAUGAUAUCCCUUUUGAAAGUCAAUAUUAUUCGACUGUCAGAAAAAUACAGGAGGAACAAAUGAAUCAUAGAAAAGAAAGGCUAUUAGAAGCCCAUAAAAGAGCCAAAGAAAGAUAUGAGGAAGAGCUUGAGCUUAAAAAGAAGAUUGAUUUGCAAGUAAAAGAGCAACAUGAGAACGAUAAAGCAAAGGAGAAGGAGCAGCAGAUUGAUCAAAGGAUCAACACUCUUGAAAGCAAAAUGACUGGGAAAGGAAGUGCUAUAGCUACUAAUAGAAUUCUGGAGGAAUACAAAUUCUUUCAGACAUCCUCUGAUAUAAAAAAUUUCGAGAUAAAACUACCAAAUGAUAAUUUCUAUAAAUGGGUUGUCUCCCUGGAUAUUCUGAAAUUUGAAUUGACACCAGAGCUGAAAGAAGACUUUGAGUGAAUGAAACAACAAACGGGGAAUGGCCCUGAGCUACAGUUUGAGAUAGUGUAUACCUCAUCUUUCCCAUUCGAUCCUCCUUUUAUCAGAGUUGUCAAACCAAUAUUUAAGGUCCACACUGGGCAUGUGACUGUGGGCGGAUCUUUGUGAAUAGAAAGUUUAACUCCUUCUGGAUGGUCUUCAGCAAGAUCAAUAGAAGGGAUCUUUGUUGAAAUCCUCAGCAUUAUCCUCCAAGGAGAAACCAGGAUUGAGAAAUCUAGUCUUGGACAUACUUAUUCGAUCCAAGAAGCAAGAGCUGCUUUUGAGAGAGUAGCUAAACAUCAUGGCUGGCUUUAA